ACUACGUUGGCUAGUUCAUGAGUUGAUGUCUAGUGGUUUUCCCGUCCGAUGUGCCAUGAACGGUUUCUAUUUCUUGUGAAUUCUCCUCUCGAUUCCAACUUGCUCGGUACUUGGGCUUUGUGAUAUAUGAUCCAGCUGUUAGUUCCGACGAUUCGUUCUCCGAUAUGGGGAAAACACACUUCAGAUAUUUCUUAAGUGAAUGUUUGAUUAAUAUCCUUUGCCUUGUGUUAGUGAUCACUUUCGGUGUUCACGGCGAAAAAGCAUAUGCUAUUCGUUCAGAAUCAUCGCCCAAGAAGAUUAAGAAUGAUGUAAUAAAUGUUCCAUUGGCUGUCAACAUCUGGAAACCAUACACACAAGGUGACAUUGAACCGUGCCACGACGAAUACUCCUGUUUGGCCGCUCGAUUAUCCGAAACGGAGCGUCUCAAUUUAGAAGCUAUACGCACCUUGCACGGGAAACUGGAUGACGACGCAAAUGGUAACAUCGACCUUUCGGAAUCUGAUGAGUUCCUACGUGAGGAGUUGCACUAUGAGGGCGGGCACGAGCGACGACAAAAGGCUUUCCAUCGCGACGAUGAUAUGCACAUUUCGGUCCGUGAGCUGUGGGACAUUUGGACCCGCUCUGAGGUGCACAACUGGACAAUCGAGCAAACUACCGAGUGGCUGAGUCAUUUUGUACAGCUGCCACAAUACGUCUCCCAGUUCCAGCAACACGGCAUUGACGGUACCAAAUUACCUAGGCUAGCUGUGAAUAAUGUGCAAUACAUUUCGGGCGUGCUCGGCAUCAAGGAUCCCAUCCAUCGGCAGAAAAUUGCGGUUAAAGCGAUGGAUGUGGUCUUAUUCGGCUCGCCGAAGGACAGCUCCAACUACGUCAAAGACAUUACGCUUGUAACGUUGUUGAUCCUCGCUUUAGCUGGGGCUCUUUAUACGUACAAAAGCAACCGUCAUUCGAAACAACACCUUAACAAAUUGAUGGAACACAUGGAAAUCCUGUCGUCAGCAGAAAAGGAGCUCCAAGAACUUCAAGUUAAGUUACAUCACGCCCGCGAGGAGCAAAAUAUCACGCUUUCCGAAAAACAACAGUUGGAACGGAAGCUGGAGGAGGAGGUGCGAGGCAGCACAGCUAGUUUGUAUCAAGCCGACCCACUGGCGGAACUUGAACUCAGACGUCUUAGGGAGGAAGUCGACAUCCUGCGCGGAGAGUUGCAACGAGCAGAAGGCGAGCUGGAGGACAGGCUGUGCUGGACUCCUCCUCCUGAUCUUCAGCAUUGGUUGCAGUUGACCUACGAACUGGAACAACGUGUUUAUAACAAAAAACGAUUGCAGGCGGAAAAACAGCUGGAACAAGCCAAAGAUGCCUGUGAAAAACUGAACCGGAAACGAUCGAGCUUUGUCGCUUCUUUUGUAUCUACUCACGGACGCACAAUCGAUGAUGUCGAUAAAAGUAUAUUAGAAGCCAGAUCGUCCUUGAUGGAAGUCAAACAAGACCUGCAAGAGCGAACUACGCGCUGGAGGCAGAUUGAAUCGCUUUGCGGCUUUCCUAUUUCUACCAAUCCAGGACUGAGCUAUCUUGAAACUUUGCUGCGGAGCGGAAUGAACUCUUCACGUUUCGUCCAUUUCAAUCACUCUCGUCACGGUGGAACCUUCGACGAAGAUAUAGACGACGCGGGCAGUAUAGUCAGCUCUUGCACAGCCCUGAAGCAAUUAGUAUCGACAUCUACUCUUGUCUUCCUCACCUCAGCUGCCGGCCCACCGAUCGCCACUGCCGCCGCUCUCCUGCCCUUUUCGGAUGGGCGAAAUAACAACAGCAAUGGUAGCCGUUCCAGCCAGCCUGCCCACAAUAGGAAAUAUCCCCUACUUAAGCGCGAAAGCAGUAUUUCGCUGGAGUCAGCAUCCGCCCUCAUAAACAGUCACGGCAAUGGACCGGUAUCUCAAUCGGUCUCACUUUCGGAGUUGCCUAAAACGCCUGCGCUGCCUCUGGUUAGUGGAGAUUCUGCCGUCCGUCAACGUCUAAAGCAACGAGAAGAUAGUAAAGAUUCUGCGUUUGAUGGAUCAAUCAUUUCCGUUGGAACGAACGGUGAGGAGGAUACCACCAUUCCAUCUCGGACAGUAUUUCCACCUAAUGUUGCUCCUAUCAAACCAACCACUCUUCCCAAAACCGAUUGUCAGAUUAGCCCAGGGGUCGUCCCAAAAACUCUACUACCAACGGAAAAAGUAGCGACUGUACCUCUGAAUCAAGGUUUGGAAGGUAAGAGUCCCCUGUUACCCACCAAAUUCAAUUCGCGGUUAAGCUUUCCAAUCAAAACAGCUUCACAGGAUUGCCAUGAUGCACCAGUUUUUAAGAACUCGCAUUCCGAGUCAGCACUGGAUGUGACCUUCCAGUUGGCACAGCAGGCGGAAGCCGAAAGCGGACAGGAGGAGAACGUGUCAACUGACUCGAGCAUCCCAUCCAACGACGACGAGAAUCGCAAACGAAAGAAGCAACGAUUCCAAUUUCCCAGUUUCGUCAAGCGCAACAAAAACAAGACUUGAAAGCCGUUCCUUCGUUAGCUAGGAGUAUCGCAAUUUUUUACUACCUUCUCUUUACGCUGUAAUUUAUUUAUUCAUUGAACUAAAGUAGCAAUGAGCCUUUGGAAGUAAAGGCUAAUGUGUGAUGAGGGAGAGCUUUCAACAUGGAGAAAGCGAUGGAUCAGAUCGCCUCGUUGUUUUGGUACAUCGCGCGCCCAUUUUUAACAACUCGUUUUUGAUCAAUGUUUUAUUUUCGAAGUAGGCAUACUCUGUGUGUUGGCCUUUGUCGCUGUUUAAUUAUAUAAGAAUAAAUUGUUCAAGGUA